GCGACUGCCCAGGACGCUAAGAUCCGCCCAUUUUUGUUAUAGAUAUUAAUGCUAAUCGCCAUUCUACUUAUUCUGUUUCUAUUAAUCAAAACUCGGUCCCGUUUCUAUUGUGAGUAGAAGGAGCAAAGACAAGAGAUCCAUAUGAGAGAAAGUCGAAAACUGAAGGGAAGUAACGAGAUAGCUUCAAAGAAAUACAGUGCGUAGAGUUUUGGUCAAGAUGCGGCCGGCUCUCUCCAUCUGUCCUGUCCUGAUCUCUCUGUUAUUCCUUCUGUCUGGACUGACCAUCAUCAACGGCUGUAACAAAGCCCUGUGUGCCAGUGAUGUCAGCAAAUGUCUUCUUCAGGGGCUUUGUCAGUGCCGGCCAGCGGAGGGAAACUGUUCGUGUUGUAAAGAGUGUAUGUUGUGUUUGAGUUCUCUCUGGGAGGAGUGCUGCGACUGUGUAGGAAUGUGUAAUCCAAGAAAUUACAACGACAGUCCGGCCACCUCCAAGAGCACAGUCGAAGAGCUCUACGGACCAAUCCCGUCACUUUUUCGGGCCCUGACCGAAGGUGACACCCCCAUUAAUAUGAUGGUUGUGUCGUUCCCCGUCGCUGAGGAACUGUCCCACCAUGAGAAUCUUGUGUCUUUCCUCGAGACUCUGGACAGUCAGAGUCACAACAUCUCGCUGCCCAGUAACAGCGUUCAUGGUGAUGCCAUGUGUACUGUGGUGUACUUUGAUGACUGUGUGUCCAUUCGCCAGUGUAAGCAAUACUGUGAGUCAAUGGGAGGAUCAAAGUACCGCUGGUUCCACAAUGCCUGCUGUGAGUGUAUUGGACCUGAAUGUUUGGACUACGGCAGCAAAGCAGUGAAAUGCAAUAACUGCCUCAUCUGAGACUUUCAUAUACAUUAAUCACUGCACUAUCAAAGAACUGAAUACAGAUGUGGGUCCAAACUCACGCUACAGUUGUUUAUACUGUGUAAAACACGUGUUUCUAAUGUUUUUCUUUUGUUCCUGUUCCUGUUCUCUUCUUGGUUUUUUUUUCGCCUGUCUUUUGGAAAAUAAGUUAACAUUGCAUUAGAGAUUUUUGUAAUGUUAUGAAUAUUGUUUGUUAAUAAUUGUAGCAUCAUGUAUGGAUGGAUUGCUAUUAAAAACCAAAGAAAGAUAGUCCUGAACAAAACCUUAUUUUACUCAUUUUUAAAGACAUAAUUUUACUCUACUAUGCUUGUGUUUGAAACAAGCAUCCAGUGUGUCUUUAGUUUAAUAUUGUGUCAUAAAAAAACAAACAUGAAUGAAUAUGUCAGAUUUUCUUGUUUAACAGCAUGUGUUGCCACAGAGAUGUUGCUACAAGUUGAAUGCAGAUCUUUUUGAGUUGUUGCUGUAAGUAAAUGUCCAGUCUUUUUAUAUUGUUCAUGUUUCAUACAUAUUUUUGUAUUUAAUAAAGCAUCUCUCGUGACAUUGAAA